UUACACUCGUAUUAUAAUCAAAUAUUACUCGAUCUAACUCAUUAUUCUUAUGAAUUAAAUAUGCUAAUAAUUGAAAUAGCCGCCGAACUAUGUUAUUUCUCUCUCCAAUACAAGCUAUAUGCUGUGUGGAUUUCGUGGCAAUGACGUUCGAAUGAGGCAAGCACUUUGGUGUCAAAGUUGAUGAACAAUAGCAAGUUGCCAAAUUGUAUAGAACAUAUGAAAUUGGAUUGACUGUCCAUUCCAUUGCCAUCAAUAUCUUGGACGGUUUUAGGCAGAAAUCAAGUUUCACAUAUCACGACUUAUUAUUAUAUAUGCAACCGUCGUCCUCUCAAGCGCAUCAAACCGGCACGCCGCCUUGGUUGAAGUAAUCUAACCCCUACUCCAUUAAAAAGCAACCAAAACAUCACAAAAAUAUAUGUGCCAAUCAUUCGCAUAGUUGAAAUUUUGUGAACUAGCCAUACACUCGCGACUGGUUCAAGGACAAAGAUAUUGGCUUUGAAAAACGAAAUUUUUGGUUCGAAUCGUUCGUACGGUUAUUUAUCGAGAAUAUUUGCACUCUUAAACAGUAACAAUUAAACUCAGUGUAUUGACUCAAUUGUCGUAACGGUUGAACAUACAAUUAUAGGAAUAAGAAUUUAUCCUGACUUCGAUAAAAGGAAUUUUUCAUCCUAUAAAAUUUGAAGUUGAGAUGUAAAAGCACCAACUGACACAUCAAUUAUAAUGUUCAAUAUAUUCAAGACCACAACCUCGCAAAUACGACAAGUGAAUUUUGAUGCUAACAAGGAAACAACACUAUAUCAUAUAAACUCUUCUUUUUUUAUACUCAUGCAAGUGCUACUCAAUCAUCAACCAAAUUCCGAACUUCAACUACGUGAACGAUUUUCAAACUUCAAUUUCUUUUUAUCAUGACAAAUCAAGCGUACAUAUAUACAACUUCGUUCUUGUUGUAAACUACACUAUAAAUUCACUCUAAAUCCAUAGUAAAACGUAAUAAUUUCCAUCUCAAAAUCGAAGAAUUAAGCCUUAGCAGAUCCACUCAAAAUCAAGUCUACCAGUAUUACCAAUACCACUGACUGUACGUUUUCCAGGUAAAAGCAAUAACCCAACUAAUUAAGAUAUCAUAUCUAUGAAGAUAAACUCGAAGGGGGUGAAUGAAUAUCUUUGCAUCUCCUUUUCCAUUCCUUCCCCCAUUAGCAGAAAGAAAAGAUUUGAGGGCUCUGCUUUUUUUUCCAUCCGAGUAAUAAUGGGAUGAUGCCUGCCGCUGUAGUUAGUCGGCACACUUUCGUUUGGCCGCUUUUGGAAAUUGGGUUUUCUCAUUAGUUCUCAUCAAAUCACAUCCCAUAAUUGCAAAAUUUGGACACAUCAGGCGAUAAGUACACCGGCAAGCAACGAUGUUUUUAACUUGUAAGUCAUUCCAAAAACGAUUAUUUGAUCGAGUUCGUCGCAAUAACUGAAGUUACUAUAUGUCUGUUACGAAAUUUGUAUAAUUUCUUUAUAUAUUUCUUUACAUGAAAGUAAUCCCACAAGUUCGAAGUUCGCAAUAACCACACUAUCUUACGUUUGAAUCAGGUGUUCGCAAUGGGGUUGCGAAGAUUUGUGAGCACAAAACAUAUUGAUUAAAGGCUCUAACUCCAUACCUAAAAUCAGCUCGUUUAAAUCAGUCGAGUUAUUAGAAGAGGUCCAGUUGUGCAAUUUGUACAAGCUUAAACUAGUAAACUCUGAAGUCCCAUUUGGAAGACAUCUUCAUUGUUUUCUCUCUUAGGCAUGACGCACUAAUGAUGCAAUCUUCUGUUGAUUGCCUAAUUCCAUCCUUCGCUAGCAAUCACAUCAUCGUUACGUUACCAAGCCAGUCAAGAAUUUGAACAGAUCGAACAGAAAAGCAGAAAAAUCAAGCUGUUGUAUUACCCUAAUACCCUUGACGAAGAGAUGGUGGAAAGAAAUGAAGCUUUCAGUUACUCGUCUCUUCCAUGAAGUUCCAAACUAGCAGGCCCCCUGUUUUUUGAGUUAUUGGGCCGAGAAAGGCCCACGACUUUACACUAUUGAAACGGGAGCUAAUAACUUCUACUGUAUACCACAUCGCUUAUUCUGACUGACAUGCUGCUUUUUAUAUUACUGAAGCGUGAGCUUAUUUGGCACGACCUUACUUGAACAGGAUCUGUUCUAUAGGCUCGUACCUCUGUGUCCUUUAGCACUAAGGAGACAGGAAUCCAAGUUUGGUGGAUGAACUAUGGCCACAUGAUCAGAGCGUGAUUAACGGCCGAGCCGAGAUUGUCUUUGGACGAUUGAUGCUGUAGAUGAUCGUUCUUGGCUGCUGAGGUGGCCUGGAUGGUCAUGUGUCUUUCUGACAGACUCCCAAUUCUUUUUGCUAGUUGGAACUUCCUUGGGCCUAAUGGAUAAUUUGGGCUGUGAACCCUUGUGGAAAGUAUGUAUUGGGUUUGGCUUUCACAUCUUUCAAAUUUAUAGCUGGAACAGGCCCAGAGAACAACAUCCAAUUACAUUUUGACCAUGGUCAAUACCAUACGAGCGGAUAAAAAUGGUGGGAAAAGGACUGAAUUUGUUUUGGAUUAAUAACACAUUUAAUAGAGCUUUCACUCUAGUUCGGUUUCAUGUUACGAGAAGAAUUGAUAAUAUAUACCUUAAUUUCUCUAGUUUCGAAUUCUAUCAUUAUGCUUAUUCACUUAAUUUUACAGUGCCACAAUCGAAAUGAAGUUUAAAAAAUGUAAUUAUAGGAAAAAAGUUCAGAAACGAAACAUUUCUCUAGUUUCGAAUUUUAUCAAAAUGCUUAUUCACUUAAUUUUACAGUGUCACAAUCGAAAUGAAGUUUAAAAAAUGUACUUAUAGGAAAAAAGUUCAGAAACGAAACAUGAACAUAUUCUAUCGAUCAGGACCAAUUUAGUUCGAAUAACAUUUCAUCCAGGACCUCAAAUUAGUAUUUGACGUACACCUAUAACAGAGCCUUCUCUAAUUCGAUUUUUACGUUACUAGUAGAAUUGAUAGCGUAAUGGGCACUAGUUAUGGUUACCGCCCAAAAUUAAUGAAAAUCCUAAGCCAGAAAACAACCCUUUAAUAACCUCGCAAGCAUGUCAAGGGAGAAUUGGUGGGCGAAAACCAAAGUCAAGUGAAGCUCUGAUCUUAACUGCGAUUGGGCCGACCUAGGGUUCAAAUCAGAGCCAGAAAACGAGUAUCAUUGACUUGUGAACGUCACAUUUAUUAUAUCAAGGAAGAGAAAUGUAAGCAUUUUCAAUAUUGUCUCCCAAAUGGGAUUAAUGCCAAGUAGAAUUCAUGUAUGUUUGAUAAGGGGAACAACAUUUGCUGUACUCCUCGUGGAAAGGCACAUGAAAGUCAAAUGGACAAGAGCUUUGCAAUUGGGUAGGGCUGGCCCUUCUUAUCGUUGAAUUUCCUUUGCCUCUGAUUGCUCCAUAAGUGGGUGGUCUCUGAACCACUGUUGUCAGGACGAAAAUGAGUCGGCUGAGAGCGGAACGAUUGAGUGACAAGUCUGAUCUCAAGGUAGCAAGGUUAAUUCGGGGUUGAUCAAGAAGAGUAAAACGAUUGGGUGGCAAGUUUGAUCUCAAGCCAGCGGGGUUAAUUCGGGGUUGAUCAAGAAGAGUAAAACGAUUGGGUGGCAAGUCUGAUCUCAAGCCAGCGGGGUUAAUUCGGGGUUGAUCAAGAAGAGUAAGUUUGUUAAAAAUAAUCAAAGCAAUAAGUCGAGUACUGUUUAGAUAUCUGAUAGUGAUGUUCGAUUUUCUUUUCCCUUUUGAAUUGGGGUUCGAAGAAAUAAUCAUAUGAGUUGUAUUUUUAGGUCCUAAAUUGCUAUUUGAGAGAUUCGAUCGAUCGUAUUAAGUCGGAUUUGACGAAGCUGCUCUGGACCUUGAAACAAAAAGGUGGUGUUCCUCAAGCAUGCAUUUUUGCUUCACUUUAUGAGCUCUUUUCUCCACCUGGAUCGCCAAUGUGGUAAGAGAUAUAGCGCCAUCAUGGUAUGUUACCACGUAUUGGCCUAACCUUAGCCAUGCGUGUUAAUCACACAAAAACUACAAAAAUCCAAUAAAAACAAUCUUAAAAGUGAUACUCAUUCCUCACAAUUAAUUUUCAUUUCAAUACCUACUCAAAAACAUUGCAAGAGAGUCAUGACUCAUGAGGGUGUGAAGACUAGAUUAUUAUUGAUAGAAAUAUAACUUACCACUUUGUAACCAAUAAUUUAUUGCUUCCGCCCCGUACUUUGAUUAUAAGAUUGAAGAUUUGAUCAUUAUCUAUAGAGAUAUCUCUCUGUAACCAAUUAUUUAUUGCUUAGCGCGAAAAUGAAGCGAGAAGCUUGUCACUGUUACCGCUCACGAAAUAUUCUCGGUAGACCAAUCGAAAAAGUUUGAGUACACAGUACACUAUGAUCCGUAGUUUGGAUCGCUACAGACAAGGGCUAUGGAAUGUAGACAAGUAGAUUUCUAACCUGUACAGCAGAUUACAGGAUAGGUGUGAUCUUUUAUGUAUGACUUUGGGUUAUAGUACUUAAAAUGUUUAAUCCAUAAGAAAAGUACUAGGCUGCAUUUAUUUACACCUAUGGGACAACCAAACUUCAAAACUCCAUUGUUAAUGAAUGAUUGAAUGUGGCUGGUACAGUAGUGGUACUGAUAAUCCCCACUUGUUUUGUGUUUCUCUUUAAUGCAUGCCCUAAGAGAUUAGAUGGGCACUUGCUAUAGUAUAGUCCACUUCCAAAAUAUCACCACCACCCCACAUAUAAAUUCACUUUACAAUUGACCUUAACACCUGUUGGGCUAGUUCAAUUCAAUUUGCCUACCAUCAAAAUCAUUGAUAUGAGUAGGCAAAAAAGAUAUUGUUUUAGUUUAAACCAAAUUAGGAACAUGAUUUUAGAGCUUCGAAUUUUAUUAAGAAAAUUAACCGAAAUAAUCCCCCACUUGAUCUGUGUUUCUGUUUAAUGCAUGAUGCCCUAGGAGAUUAGGACAGAUGGGCACUUGGCAUAGUAUAGACCACCACAUCCAAAAUAUCACCAAUUUACAAUAAAUUUGUUUAAAAUUUACCUUAACACUUGUUUGUCUGUAAGUGGUGAACUCGAAAUUCAAGUUUUUACUUAUGGGAGUGAUAAAAAAAAUCACAUAGGUUUGGAUAUUUAACAAUACAAUCAUAAAGCUUUCAGACAUGGGAAUCUCCUUCGAGUUUCGUUCAUUUUUCCAGUUCUAGCUAACCUAAAUGACUUGACGUUUCUACUACAAAAAUGGCUAAUUAGAAGGACCGGCAGCAGGCUCCUUUUUUGCCUCAAGACAUAUCAUGCAUGGCCUGAUAAUUAUCAGUCAGUGGAGGUAGCUAGCUAAGGUACACGUAUGCUCAAACUUUUUAAAAAAAAAAAUAAGUGCAAUGUCUGCAUACGCAAUUCUGGUGGAGUUAAUUAUCAUUAUUUGCAAGUACUCUAUUAUUCUAUAAUACAACUAACUAGUGACCUACAAAUUAUAAACCAGUGUUGUUCAAACUUCAAAGUAGGAAUGAUAACGUAUUGGGUCGGAGUGGAUGGUACACAUUCAUUAUCUUACACAAAAGAAGUUGGGUUUUACCCAUACAAUUUUUUUAUUUAAUACAAAUCGAGUAGAAUAUCAAAAUUAUAUACAUACUCGAUUGGUUUCGAGUAUCUACGUUUAUCAAUGAAUAAUAAUCUUUCUUCAUAAUUUCAACCGACAUGUUAACAAUUGCAAUUACACACCGAAAAACUACUACGCACAAAUUAAGCUAUUUAGCAUAUCGAACUGAAAUUACCCUAAAAAAACUUUUAAAAAAACCCGGAAUUCAAGAGUCCAUACGUAUCAAAAUAACUCAGUCAAAUUACGAGCAAAUUAUAACGAUACAAAUUCAAUCUUGAGCUAUCUCAAUCUCAAUCUCAAUCUCGUAGAUUCUUUCUCUCCUCCUCCUCUUUCUAAGAACCUUUGAACUCUUCCUCUUAUCAUGAGUCAUCCCAUCAAACUACCCAAAACAAACAAAAAGAAAACACUUCUAAUGUGAUCUAAAAUGAGUCAUAGUAGUGGAUGAAAACCAAAGUGCCAUAAUUGCACUCAACCUACCCUCCUAAAAACACAUUCAUGAGACCAUCCUCAACCGUCAUCCACCUCUACCCCAAUCAAUGCUUUCUUCCCUACCUUCUCCCCCAACCCAUUAUAUAUCCCCCCCAAUCUCCUUCAUUCAUUCCUCUCUUUCUUCUAAAUCUCAAACCAAAGACAACAAAAAUGAAGAUCUUCUGCUUCUUCCUCCUCCUCCUCAUCGUCACAACACUCUCCACCGCGGCCCGGCCCAACCCGGAGUCCAGCAACGACGGAGGAGCCGCAGCCGCAUCGGGCGGGUUCUUCGGGCCGGGUACCGGGAUCCCGGAGUUCGGCAAAGGGUACUGGGGGAAUGGGCCGGGUAUCGGAGGCGGGUACGGGUCCGGCUUCGGUGGGCCCAAGGGCGGGUACUCGAAGAGCGGCACAUACAGGCCGUCCGUGGUAUGCAAGGAGAAAGGCCCAUGUUUCAACAAGAAGCUCCGCUGCCCGGCCAAGUGCUUCUCCGCCUACGGCCGCUCCGGGAAAGGGUACGGCGGCGGUGGCGGCGGCGGAGGGUGCACCAUGGAUUGCAAGAAGAAGUGCGUGGCCUACUGUUGAGUGAGGUGGCCGCCGGGGAAGUAUAUUUUCCUGUACGGUGCCUGCCGCCGGGGUGACUGGCGGUUUGCUUAUUGUAAUCCCACACUGAUAUUAUGUGUAUGGAUGUUGAAGUAGUGUCUACUAAGGGGAUGAUCACACGAUAGUGAUAUGAUGAUAUGUGAUCUUCUUAUGUACGAAAUGAGAUUAUGAGAUUAUGGGAUGGUAUUCUCUCUUUCCUUUUUCUUAUUAUUAUGUACGAAAUGCCGCCAUAUCAUUGUACAAUUAGAAUCGCGCAAGAUCCUCAAUUAGACGGCGCUCACAGAAGCCAGGCAAGAUAGAAACAUCACUUUCGAAGUUGUUGCUUGUUACUGUAGCUUUUGUAAUAUAAGUCGGAUCAUUUGCAAAAUUGCAACUAGUAGAUAUCAGAUUAAGUUGGAUAACACCUGAUAAAUAAAAAUAGAAGUUUUCC